CCACCACCGCCCCAACCGUCGCCCCAGCCUCCUCCAUAUCUGCAAGUAAAUCAAAAUCCUCCCUCAACCGUAGAUCUACAAGGAGAUGAUAUCAAAUCACCGCACGUAGAUCUAAUCGGAAAUAAGAAGAAUAAGAAAAAGGAGGGGAAGGGAGAGAGAAAAUGAUGGCCAGAUCUGGCCGAGAAAGGAAAGGAGAGAAAGAAGAAAAAGAAGAAAAAGAGGGGGAGUAAGAGUGGCGUGUUUUUGCUGAGAAAAGAAGGAAAAGGAGAGGAAGAAGAAAUGAAGAAGAAGAUAAUUGGGAGAAGAAAAAUAGAAGGGGGAGGGGGAAGAGAGAAAGAACGAGAGAGAAGAAAAAGAAAGGGACUGGCCAGGUCUGCGAGAAAAAGGGGGGAGAAGAAAAAAGAAAAGAGGAAGAAAGAAAGCAAUAGAAGAAGGGGUAUUUUAGGAAGAGUGAGUAUGAAAACGUAGAAUGGGAACUUAAUUUCCGGACUGAGAAAAACGUAGGGAACUUUAAUUCCUGAGCCUUAGUCCUAAAUAGUUUUGCUCUCUAUCUCCCGCUUAACACCUGCUUCUCAAAAGAUCAGACAUCCGGUUUUCAAAAUUAGCUUCAGGCUUCGAAUUUCGCAGUUUCUGUUUCAAGUUCCCAGUUGGUGGUGCUUUACUGUACUCGGUUGUUUUAUUUCGGGCUAUGGAGCCAGUAGAGUUGACGGAGCAGGAAACUGCCAUCUACGAUCGCCAGAUUAGGGUUUGGGGUGUUGAUGCUCAAAGACGACUUAGCAAAGCUCAUGUAUUUGUCAGUGGACUCAAAGGGACUGCAGUUGAGUUUUGCAAAAAUAUUGUUUUAGCUGGAGUAGGUUCUUUGACCUUGAACGAUGAUCGUAUGGUGAUUGAUGAAUUACUCUCUGCCAAUUUUUUAAUCCCUCCGGAUGAAAAUGUGUUUAUUGGAAAAUCUGUUGCUGAGCUUUGUUGUGAUUCGUUGAAAGAAUUCAACCCCAUGGUUCAUGUUUCUGUCCAGAAAGGCUAUUUGUCAAGUUUCGACACUGAUUUCUUUGAUAAGUUUGAUGUUGUUGUCAUCAGUCACUGCUCUCUUUCAACCAAGAAAUCUGUAAAUGCAAAGUGUCGAAAGUUGUCAAAGCACAUUUCUUUUUAUACAGUGGAUGUUAGAGAUUCUUGUGGCGAGAUUUUUGUUGACUUGCAGAACUACACAUAUUCUAAGAAGCAAUCUGAAGAAAUGACAGAAUGCCAAAUUAAUUAUCCAAGCUUUGAGGAAGCUAUUAAUGUCCCAUGGGCAGAUUUACCAAAGAGAACAUCAAAGCUAUAUUUUGCUAUGAGAGUCAUAGAAAGGUUUGAGGAGCGUGAAGGACAUGAACCUGGAAAGACUUUUAAUGCUGCUGACCUUCUUACAGUGCAGAAAUUGAGGAAGGAACUAUGUGAUGCUCAGGGGUUAAAUGAAUCUCAAAUACCUGAUAAUCUUCUGCGACGGUUGUUAAAGGGCACAGAAGAGUUUCCUCCAGUUUGUGCCAUCAUUGGAGGAAUUCUUGGACAGGAGGUGAUUAAAGCCAUAUCUGGCAAAGGCGAUCCAGUCAAGAAUUUCUUCUUCUUUGAUGCUAUGGAUGGCAAAGGCAUAAUAGAAGAUAUAUCUGGCGUCAAAACAAGUACUGGAGACUUGCCGAGUCAGAACAUUGAGAUUCUCUAGGCAUGGUGCGUAUUCUAACUCAUUAGUUGUAUGGGUAAAUUACAUUUGAGAUUAUGCUUCACUGGUAAUGUUUGUUUGCAUAACCAUUUACCUGAUAUGAGGAUGACAUUAUCUCUUUUCUAUUGGCUUAAAUUGGCAAUGAAUUCCGUUCUUACCC